AUGCUAUUUGGUGUAACAUCGAUAAAUGAUAGUUGUAUUCCGCAAAAAGAUACUAUCACCAUUGAGGGAAGUGGAAAUACAAGUAAGGUUAAACAACAUGAAGUUCAAUGUACUUCCAAGGCCUUUAUAUCUCAAGGAUCUCAAUCUCACACGGAAGAUGCAAAGGAAAACAUAGACUCGGUUGGUAGUUCGAAGUAUAAGAAGCGUUUAGAUGGAGACAGUUGCGCACAAAACACUAUUCCUGAAGAUCAAAAAGUUUUGAACUUUACCCGUAAAGGAGAAUACAGGCUGCGUCUUCCGGUCGGGGUUUCAAAGCGCGCUGGCUUUAAAAAGAAGCUUCAUACUUUGAACAUUGAAAACAUGCAGGGCCAAGUUACUACUUACGAAGUCAAACCGGAAAGGAACGGAAAAGCUCUACGCUAUUCAGUCAUCGACUGGCCUGUCUUUAUGGCCGAGAAUAACUUGAAUGACGGCGACAUGCUUGAUUUCACUUAUGUGAAUUCAAAGAAAACCGUUAUCUUAAAAAAUGUCCGACAUGUCUAAGCCAUCGUGCAACGAACUUUCAUUAACUCUCUUUACAACAACUGUUGGGUCUAUGUUAUGUUAACUAUCCUUUGAACAU